AUGGGUAUCUAUAUCCUUGCCAUUGGCGCCCUUUUGUUUAUUUUAUAUGCCACCUCCUAUACAUACAAGCUCCCUAGAAAUGUCCCCAGAAUUCCAAUCUGGGUCACACUUUAUGAUACCUUCUAUGGUACCUCAAGAGUCAACUUUUAUAAUAAAUAUGUACGCGGGCUGGCAGAAAAACACGGAGCGAUUAUUAUCUGGCACCUUGGCAAAUGGAGUGUCCACAUCACAAAGCCUGAAUAUCUAAUGCAGAUGUUCUGCGACGACACGACGUUCGCUAAGGGUGGCUCAUAUGCGAGAGUCCCAUGGGGCCCUCUAGCCCAAUUAUUUGGGGAGAAUAUCAUCGAUACAACUGGCCAGGUUUGGAAGAAACAGAGAGAGAUCCUGCAGCCUGCGAUCAAAAGACAGUUUGACAUUGCGUACAUGAAGCAGACAUCUUCAGAGUUACGUGCCAGGUUGUGGCAACAGCACGAGGUGCAGGAUAAAGGCUGCGUGAUUGGCAUUGAUAUUGACGAGCAUGUACAGCAUUGGGCGCUCUCUAUUUGUUGCAAAUACUUCAUGGGCAUCGAUUUGGAGAAUGUACCUGAUAUUGCCAAUCGACUGACUCGGGUCCUGACAGACCAAAAGAAGGGCCUUAUGGGGGGGAUUACUAUGGUCUUCCCUAUCUUGCAACGACUUCCUUGGUUGUUUCCGUCAAACCGUCGAGCAUUUCGCUUAGUCAAGGAAUUUGAAGAAGUCGUUCUCGAAAUUGCCAAGCUUAAAGCAGACGAUGCGUCUGGAGUUGAUGGCAACUCAAUAAGGAAUCGCCUAAACAUUGCUCUGAAAGACGGAGCGAUUUCAGACUUUCAUUAUCGCUCCAAUAUGAAGCAGUUACUCCUUGCCGGCUUUGAGGAAGUCGAAUCAGUCCUUCUGUCUGCCGCUGUGUUAUUAGCAAAGAAGCCCCAGAUUCAAUCUGCACUACGCGCCGAAAUGUCUUCUUCUGUGUCGGCCCCAUACAAUUUUGAAGAUUUGGACAAGCUUCCCAUUCUUUUAGCGGUUAUUUUAGAGACUUUACGUCUUCAUCCGCCUUUUCCCUCGCUCACGAACCGCUACACAACCCGCCCAGUCCUUCUGGGGGACAGCAUCAGCCUCCCCGCCGGUAUAUGGAUUGGAUGGAAUGCAUAUGCAGUCCACACUGAUACGCGGAUCUGGGGACCGGAUGCCCUUGAAUUCCGUCCCAGCAGAUGGGGAAAAGACGUCUCGAGUAUCAAUGCCAUGUUCCGGGUCCAGCAAGCGAAGGCAAUGUUUAUUCCUUUCUCGACACGUUCAAGGACCUGUCUCGGAGUUUCUUUUGCACUGAUGCAGCUGAAGAUUGUCCUAUAUGAGCUAUUCAGCGAAUUUGAAUGGAGUAUAUGUAACGACAACAUGACCACUUUGCGCAAGGGUCCAGUCAGAGACAAGGAAGAAGCACAUGUCUUGCUGAUAGAAGAAAUGUCUUCCGUGGAGAGCAAAGUCUAUCGCCUGCGGGGUAUUCCUGCGCACCUGGAUCGACUCGGAGUGGCCCUUCUUCUCAGCAAAUUUAUCGCCAACGGCGAUCAGGGGGACGUCAGUGUAGCCUCGCUCGCUCCAAGCUGUGAAAUAUGGGUCAUUAAACGCACCAAGACGGCGACUCUAUCGUUUAAGAAGCUUUCAGACAUUGUCAGCAAGAAUCCAGACGCAGGUGAAUGGCCACUGCGGGAUCCUGCUUUGGCUACACCCCUUCUUCUUGAUGAUACCUUUUUCGGGCUAUCACCUCUUAAUGAUGUCCCAAAAAAUGAGCAUCGCUAUGACUGCAUUGUAAUGUCCGGCCUUGCCAGUCACCCCAUGGGCUCAUGGCAGCCACAUGGCAAGGACAAGUCGUUUAUGUGGAUUCGGGAUGCCCUUCCUCAUUUUGUUCCAAACGUUAACUUUAUUUUCCUUGGAGGUAUCGUUCUGAAGGAAGCAUUCCGCAUGUUAGCCGACAGCGGUGUAAGAGAUGAAUUGAUCCUUAGUCGCUCUCGAGGGGCGAUCUUUUUCGGAGUCCCAAGUCAAGGCUUAGACGUCUCGGAUCUACAGAUUAUGCUAGAAGGUCAGCCAAACAAGGAUGCCCUUGUUAAAGAAAUCUCAAAUGAAUCGCCGUUCAUCGAGGUAUUGGAGGAGCAAUUCUUAGGCAUCUCUCAUCUUCAAAAGAUGAAACUGCUCUGGGCGUACGAGACAGAGACAACGCCGACAGUAACAACGGUCGACGGAAAAUACAAGAGAUGUAGACCUGGAACUGGUCGACCAUCCAAAUCAAUGCCAACCACUCAGAUAUGGUCAAAUUCUCCUGGGGGGAGCGAGCUCAUUGGUCGCAUUGCCUAUAAACUUCAAGACAUGCUCAAAGAUGGUACUGAAGAGGCUGAUGAAGAAGCAAGUGAGCCAUCUAUUGAAAAUAUGGCAGCCUUCGAUAUUGAGAGUCAACCAGCUCAGACCUUUGUGAAUCAUGUCGAUCCUGCAAUGGACCCGGAAUUCUGGGAAAUCCAUUCCAUCAUACAGGCAAUCCACGCCCCGGAACGGGACAGUCGACUGGAGCAGAUUGACGUAGCAGCUGGUCACUCUUUCGUAUGGGCGUUUGAGAAAUUAUCUGUUGGGUUAACCAGUUGGCUGCAAAACGAUGAUAAGCUGCUCUGGAUAUCUGGCAAGCCAGGGUCCGGCAAAUCAACAUUCAUGAAGUACCUUCACAGCAAUCCGCUCACGGCGGAUUACCUACGCAUAUGGCGCCGCAGUGCUAAUCAUGUCCGCGCGACAUUCUUCUUCCAUCAUCGCGGUACAGCAAUCCAGAAGUCACUCGAAGGCCUCCAUCGCGGAAUUUUGAGCCAGGUUCUCAAACAAGCCCCUCAGUCAUUCCUGGCUAUCCACUCUCUUCUUGUACAAAAAUACCAGGAUUCUGUCCGUGCAAAGAAUCUUGGAAGCCUUUCUCAUGAUCUGGAAGCCUUGGUUGCAUCCUACAAAGUCACUCCAAAUACUGAGAUAAUGAGGCAGUUUCACAAGGUUUUAUGUUGUGAGAUACCUCUAAAAGCCUUUCGGACGAUGGUUGUCGAACCAAUGCUAUCCACCGGCACCAUUUACAGGGAUGAAGACCUUCUACAACAGGUCUAUCCCCUUCGAGAUACAUUGUUGAAGGCGUACGGUAUGAGCAGUAUUUACAUGUCCAGUGGACUUCCCACUUUGGAUGAUAUUCUCUCUAAAAUCCAAAGACUAUGGACAAAGAAGAGAGAGUUCAUCUCUCUAGUCAAGAAAUGGCUUGAGGCUAUCGACAUAAACAGGCAGCUAUCAAGCUUCAGAGACUUUUUGAUGAGUCGAAGAUCGAAUGACUCAUAUAUGGUUAAAAAUACCAAAGUUCAGCCUGAUGAUUUGAUAAAGCCGAUUUUGAGUAGAUUCUUCUCUCGAAAAGCGGAACGGAGCCGUACUGAAACGGUGGAUUGGAGUCUAGAACAUCUCAAUCAAGCACUCAGUCUCGUUACUAAUCAACAGCUGAUUGACUUGGAUCUUUACAUUUUCAUCGAUGCUCUAGACGAACACGACGGCCCACCAGAAUUUAUUUCUCAAUUCAUACAAGACAUUGCUUCCGCUGAAACAAGUCGUACCAGGCUGAAGAUCCUCUUCUCCAGCCGACCUUGGCAGCCGUUUAUUAACGCGUUCGGACACAAAGCCAGCAUUCAAAUUCAUGAAUUCACUGAAAAUGACAUUCGAGAGCUUUGUUUACAUACGAUACGCCCCGGAAAGCCAGGUUCAGUAGAGAUUUUACAAUUAGUCGAGGAGAUUGUCAACCAGGCGAGAGGUGUCUUCUUGUGGGUUAAACUGGUGCUGAAUGAUCUCUUAGACAACGCUGCUACAUUGACUAUCUCCGGCAUUAAUACUGUGGAUCUUCGUGCAACGCUCAUGGAUAUCCUCAAGUCGCUGCCCACCGACUUGGAGCAAUACUACAAGACUAUAAUUGAAAGGAUAUCACAUUCAUACCGCUGGGAGGCUUUUUGCUUGCUCGAGGCUGUCAGCAAAUCAUCAAAUUCAAUUUAUCUCAGUGAGAUGUCAGAAAUCCUUUUAUGUGCCAAUAUUCAAAAUGUCAAUGAUAUCUACUCGCGGAUGUUGGACACCGACCGGGGUGACGCGACCGUCUACACUAAAGAGCACUUGAGAACGCACUCGGGUGGUUUGGUUGAAACUAUCGGCGAUGAUAGGCUUCAGCUGCUGCAUCAAACUUUGGUCGAGUUUAUCCAGCUUCCUGAAUUCAAAUGCAUCGUACUUGGAGAACGAUACCGAAUUGUAAAGGAAAAUGGUUAUACAAUACUUUCAAAAUAUGAAGCCGUACAGAAGGCAUCCUACUCUAACGGCCUCAUUGAGAUACCAGUGGUUGAGGCAUUCUCCAAAUAUGCGCGGGAAGCAGAGUCGACAACAGGAAACAGUACAUAUCUUUCCUUCACGGGCGUCAAAUGGACAGUGCCGCCAGAAAGUCAAGUUUUUCCAAAGUAUUUGAUGCAUAUGCCCGGGUACACAACACUGGAAGUUGCACUGGCCUGCAAACUCAAGUUGCAUCUACAAGACACUCUAAAGCAUGAUAAGGAGACGAGAAAAAUGCUGAUCUUUCUCAUUGUUUUGCAUAUGAUUGAGCAGGAAAUAUUCGAUACAGACAGCGCAAUUGAUUUUCUUCAGACUAUGGUAUCUCAAGGGCUGCAGAUCGACGCGAGUUACUUUGGGUUACUUAUCUUGAUGGAUCAUAUUUAUCACACGACUCCAGAGACCACCAGGAACACCAAACCCAUAGAACUAUUCCAGAGGGUCAUGGCUGUCUUCUUUGAGCCAGGGGCCAAUGUUGAAGUCAGCACGAACGCCGCAGGCUUGGGUAUUACCAGCAGUCAUUUUGACGAAUUGGUGCUGUCCCAUGGGCACGGGGCUACUAUCCAGGCGCUUCACAUACCUACUCACGAUCAACUUGUUAAAUAUCUCUUGGACAAAGGUGCCGACCCUAAUGGGCUAACGUCAAAGAAUCUGACGCCGCUCGACUGCUGGGUGAAGAGCAACCAAAGUUACAACCCCUACGGCUUUGAUCUCGCAGGAUCUCGCGUCUUGAUUGAGCGUGGAGGGCGUCUCAACAUUUGCACUAGAGAGGAGUGGAGAAGAGCAUUGGAUGGCUCAGACUUUCACAGUGACACAUUGUCAUUUCCGGGCUGGCUUGAGGGAGCACCGGGCGCUGAUGCAACUGUUCGAAGGUUGCCGAAUUUUGAUCCGAGACAGUCAAGGAUUAAGAAAUGGCUGAAAAACUCUCUAUGGUCACGGAGGGGGAAAUGA